CUGACUCAGUUUCAUAUUACCAUCGCUGUUUCUGAGUCAAGGAAAACAAAAACAUGUCUGAGUGCGACAGGCUGAACCGUUAACAGGCAAUAGUAACCUGAAGUCACCUCAACAAGUCGUCGAUUCGACCGACUGCUAUAUGAUUCCCGUCGUGUCAACGGCCGACGACCCAGAAAGAUGCCGCAGAAAGCACUGGGAUCCAUUGUAGGUCUUCUUUGUACCGGGACCUGUCUGGUGCAGGGGAAGGAGUUCUGUUUUGGGGUAAACAAUGAGCAGUAUCGCUGUGAGAUGGGCUACUGCUGUGGUGAGAGAGAGUGCUGCACCUACUACUAUGAGCUCUGGUGGUUUUGGUUGGUAUGGACCCUGAUUAUCAUGCUUAGCUGCUGUUGUGCGUACCGACAUCGGAGAGUUAAGAUGCGUCUUCAGCAGGAGCAACGUCAACGUGAGAUUAGCCUCAUGGCCUACCAGGGAGCUUCCAGCUCCUUCAUUUCUCCUCCACCACUUAAUUUAAGAUUCUGGAAUGACUGCAAGCUACCUGACUACGAAGAGGUGGUGGGUCACCCGCCAACGCCCCCUCCCCCAUACUCUGAAAACCCCCCUGAGACUGUUCCAGCACUCCCCGCUCCAGUGAGCCAGCCCGACACUGCCGCUGUUCAACCACCAGCAGCUGAAGAAGAGCCACAAGCAGACGCUCAGGCCUCAGGCUCCUCAUCGGGCUCUUCGAUGCUGAUCCAAGCACAGCACGUGGCUGAGGAGAACGUCGAGGUUCCCCUGAUGGCCGGGGGUCAAGAGGAGGACGAAGACGAGGAGCUUAUUACUCGGCGCCGACAUGUCACCGGUGACUCAGGGAUCGAGGUGUGUGUUUGCCAACUGGAUGUUGAUGAGGGCUCAGGGCUUGAAGAGGAAUGUGAUGAGGAGCACCGGAUGUGUAAGGCCAGUGGUGGCCACUGCUGCUCUGCACAGCAGCAGCAGAGCUUCAGGCAGAAGGAGCACACCACAGAGCUGCCCAGCCAGACCGCCAGCACCAGCACUGGGGACCACAUGGUGUGAUCCACAACUAACCAGCCAACCAGUCCGGCUUUCUGCCUCACACAGGGAGAUCAUCAUCACCACAGGGACUGUCUGUGUUUUAAUGCUUUAAACUAACACACAGGCAUGACGUCACGAUGAUGAUGAUGAUGAUAACGAUAACUAAUCCUUAAUGCCGCCUGUUAAAGAAAGAUGAAUAACAUGUUUAUUUUUUGGACUUUUUUUUUGCUUUUCUUUUGCAGGGGAAACAGAAAACGCUCUUGGAUGCUCCAUUUGGUCUGUUUUUUUGGUGAGCAAAAGGAAGUCAUAAGAAGGCAGCAAUUGAUUGUGAUUGAAACCAGAAAUGACUGUUUCCCUUUGUUUCUGUGUUCUCUUUGAGCACUGCCUUCAUGUUUCUGUCCCACCGCUCUCCUUGGUCAAAACAUUUCCUGCCACUCAUCCGUCUGACAUUUUACCUCCACUGGGAUGGUCAGCCAGGAGCAUACCAACACGGUCAAUGACAUCCCCCCUCCCCCCAGCAGAGGAGUCAUAAACAAACCUCUUGAAAACUCUAUGAUUCUGAAUGAAUCAGAGAGAGCACAUACAUUUUGUUUCCCCAAAAGCAGUUUGCGCCUAAGAGUUUAUGUGUGUGCUCUUUAAUCUAGGGCACAGCUGCAUGGUGAUGUCAGCUGUGAGGUCAUGGCAACCAGUGUCCGCUGGUGUGAAGAGUGUGCGACUCUUUGCAUGUGGGGGGGGGGUUAUGCAACCGCAAAUAGCAGAGAAGAGAGACAGGAAGGCGGUUGUUGUUUUGUCUCUAGGCUAUUAAAUGUCACACAACCCUUUUUGAUAUCCAUGCAGUGAUGUGUAUAACUGAAUGAUCACCAAUUAACACUUUUUGGAAGUAAUGGGUGACCAUCUUUAAGGAACUUAAUCAUGGUGUGCACUUGAUCUCUUGUAUCUGACUGUAUUCAGUUCUUAAUAAUAGCCCAGAGGGCUAUGCCACCACUUUUAACCCCCCAAAAUAUCCUGUGGUGGCUCUGAUAAUGUGUUUUAUUUUCUGUGUUACAUUGGAGUGAGCUUUGGCAGCAUUUAGCUCAUUUCUUCACUUAAUUACAUAGUUUAGAUUUCACAGAGGAUGUAAAUGCUUUAUUUUCAUUUCAUAACCAGCUAUGCUUCACUUAAAUGCCACGUUUGUCACUAUAAAUGGCAACAAAGCUCCUGACAGGGGCUGCUUGAGUAUGUAUGUGCUUGUGAGUGGAUGUUUAAAGUGCAGUAGGUAAGGGUUGAGUCGUGUGGUUUUUUUAGUGCUGUUGCACCUGGUCAAUGAGGUGGAUUAGAAGCACUGGUAUUUUUGCAUGAGGCAUGGAUUUCUCUGUUUAUAUUUGAGUUCAUUGGCAUUUUCUAGCUAUUUGUUAUUAGGCUACACAUCUGUGAACCCAGGGUUCCAGUUAAAAAGAGAGGUUUAAAUCCUUACACCCUGUGUUUAGUUACGUUUUACUGUUAGAAGUGUGUAAGCCAUGCUGUCCUCUGAAUGCACUGCUGGGUAAAAGUUAACCGGGGCUAUCCUGGUUCACUGCAGACCCUCUGUAGCUCUUGGCAGCCUGAGGGAUUUGCAGCGGUAUUUUCCAUUGGCAGCAGAGGGCGGAUGCAUUAGCAAGUUGAGGUGGAUGCGGGCUCUUGGUCUGCAGUCCUGUCACUGUUGGCACAGCUGCAGAGUCUAUUGUGAAUAACCGCAUGCUUUUUUGCAUGUCAUGUCGUUUGCCCUAUAUACUGUACAGUCUGUAUUCAAAGCAGUCCAACUGGAUGGUGUCUGACAGGAACACAAAACAAAUUCAUCCUCCCCUGGCAAACUAAAAACUAGUGCAAGAGCAGAAAAAAUUGACGCAUCUGUAACUGUUUCAUUGAGAUUUUUGUUUGGGAAAUGGUUAACAACUUUUUUUAUUAGUCUGCUUUGAUACGGUGUAUGGAAAUGAACACAGUGUAAAGACUCAGGUCAGUCAUUCUGGCUCAUACAGGCUCAUAAAGCUCCACUCUGGAGUAUAUUAUAAAAGUGAUGCAAAAGUUUUCUAUGAUAGACAUAAUCCUGAAUUAAGUAUAUUGGAUGGAUCUGGUUAAACAUCCAGUUUACAGAAUCCAAAUGUUUUUGUUAGCAAAUAUCCAUCCUGAGAAGCUGGAGGAAAAAUGGUACCUUUUAUGCUGAGUUUAGACCCUUACUGUGUUAAAGCAGGGAUGCGCAAUAUUAUCAGCUUAAUGUAGGACAAGGUUCAUGGAAUGUUGAGGCAGUACCCACAAACUGACGUUUGUUUUUUAGUUCCACCUUGACCUAUGAAAUGUGCUUUAAGGAUUGAAGUUUUAGGUCUGGGCUACAUUUUAUAUAAGUACCGGAAAAAAUGAUUUUUUAAAUAUUAGAUUGAGGCUAAAAUAAAAUAUUAUACUUCCCUACAAUCAAGGAAACGUAUAUGUCGAUUAUUUUCAGCACUGUCUGAACACUGACAAGGACGAUACUUGUUUCUGCUCUUAGUGCUUCCUUGUUCCUCCAGCUGGCAGCAGCCCAGCGCUCUGUUCUCACACUGGAUGUGCUUCUUAGAUCUACAAUUUGAGCUUCACUAUAAAAGCUGUAUUUCCACCAAGCAGUCUGACUCAGUUUGGCUCAGUACAAUAGGCAAUUAUUUGCAUUUCUGCUGAACCAAAGGAUGGGCUCUUAUAGAGCCCAGCAGUGUUAGCCUACCUUUUUGGCAGUCCUGACUCUGGAACCAAAAUUCACCAUUCAAAUCUGCCAUGAACAUUUUGUAAAAUCCUUAUUACAAUGCUUUUAGUGCAUAGACCAAGCGUAACAUUCACCUGAGUACUAUAAAAUAUUUUAUUCAACUCAAAAAUGGAGAGAAAGGCAAUGGUACAAGACUGUGUGCAUUUUUUCUUUACAAGUUGGAAGGAACUAAAUAUUCCACCAUCCACCGUGAUUUAUUUUAUUCCUUGUUAAUGAUAGAUUUUCAGAUCAUACAAUAACCCUUUUUUCUACACUAAUCUUUAUUGUAGUGACUUAAUCUAGAGAGUUUGAGCAUUUAUCACUUGGCGAUGGCAUGUAUUGCUUCCUUCGUGGGCAUUUCCAAGGUAACUGGAGAUCCCAUCAAUGAGAGACGUUAACUGUGACACUCAAGGAUUGUGGGUAUUGUAGUAUUUUUUCACUAAAAACUAUGUUGUUCUGAAAAACGAGGUUGAUAUCUUAAGAACCUUUGUCUCCUACAGGAGCAUAUAACGUUUCACACUCAGGUUACUUGUGGUUAAUCUAACUUGGAUACUUCUGAUUAUAUGGUGGAUAAUCAAAUCUGCUAUGGAGAAAAUGAAUGGGAUUUUGCUUCCAUAACCACACUGUUGAGCCCUACUGCUGAGGUGAGCCAAAGGAGCCAGAUCUCUGAAAAGAGCCAGGAUUCUUUGUGCAAGAGUUGACGGACCGUUGCUGUAGAAACACAACAUCAGCAUCAACUAUCAAAUUAUACCAAACUGUUCUUAACCAAUCCAGACUGCUUGGUAGAAACGCACUUAGACGGUUUGAACUUGAGGAGAAAUAUGAGAGUGAGUGCACCUGUAACACUGCUGUAGUGUGAAACACAAAUCCAGCUCCCUGAGGUCAGGACAAUUUAGUUUCAUUUUCAUUGCAUCAGCCUAAUCAAACAUGCUUUAGUGAAAGGUUUUCAGCCUUUUGAUGCUCCUUCAAUAUGAAGCCGAACUGACGUGACAAUGAGGGCUGUUGCACUGUGAGCAUGACUAAAUACCAUUAGCAGAAGUCAUACUACAGACAUUGUUUGACCAGCACACCUCAAGCUGCCUUGCUGCAUCUCUAGAGAGAAAAUGUCUUGAUUAUGAAGUGGCACAGUGAAAAGUACAAGAAAAGAGUUGUGCUACUGCCUUAUUAGAGUAGGUGUUUAAGUGGAUUUGUUCUGUUUUGUUUUCUCAAUAAUAUGAUUGCUUCAGAGUAGAGGAGUGCUCUGUAUCAAUUCAGAUGUCAUCUGUGCUUGCUCCUCUUGUAUGAAGAGGAUGUGGUUUAAAAAGAGCAGCCACACAGUUUAAACUGUCACGUAAUCGUUGUAGUGUUUUACAUGCAUAGGUUUUGUAUCAGAGUGUGCGGUUGUGUUGAGUUCAUGUGUGUUUGUCAAGCUGUGGCACUGAUGGAGAAGUGGAGACCGGAGUUUGUGCUUGUUCUGUUUUGGUUUCAAGGAUCUGGUCAGACAUAGUUUGUGAUGUGAACCGAAUCUGAAGCAUAAGUAAGACUAGUUUUGAUCAUCCUGUUUGUUAUAUUCUCCAACAAGAGAUUACUUCAUAACAUGUUGUUAUGAGGAUUUUUUUUGUAUACAUAUGUAGGCAGAGGAACUGGGGAGGGGGAUGGGAUGGGGUUUCUUUUGUGCAUGAGUGAACUUGGGGGUCCAUAGUUUUACCAUUGCCAAACAACGACUAUGCCUCGCUAGUUUUCACAUGUUUACUAAGAUUAAGGGCUAUAUCUGUCAUCCAUUGUGUACAAACAUCCAUCCAUUCAUUUUACUGAGUGAUACGUGUGCUGUUUGUUUGAAGCCACAGUUGCCGAGAUCCACUAUGUGAAUAUGGUGUGUUUGGAGUUCUUUUUCAUGUAGUGGAGCUCAUAUUUAAAAUAGCUGAUUGUAUAUGACCAUGUAUGUUUGUGUUAUAGGCUUUAACUUUGCCUUUUUUUUGUUCUGUCACACUUAACGGAGGUGCGUGAUGCAUGCUGAACCCCGAUCCCACUUGAACUCAUUAUGUAACCAGCUACAUGUCUGUGUGGUGUGAUGGGACUAUGGCUGAAUCCCAGUUCUCCCCUUAACCCUCAAUCUUAACCCUCAGUCUCAAAAUGUACAUUCCCGGGAAGUGCGAGGGCUGUCCCAAUUCUCCCGAGAGUUGAGUUGAGGGGCGAGUUUGAGGGUUUUAUCUCCCCCAAUUUUGAGAUGUUCCUGGAGCUCCCUUGGUUUUGAGAGGUUUCACUCAAAGAAAGAUGGCAGUGAAUGUGGGGAAGAAAUCGAGCUACAAAUGUAAAUAUUUCUUUAUUAAUAGAGAUCUAAAAAUUAAGAAAACCACUCCAAUGUCUUGGUUACCUCCGCCAAGGAGAUUAUGUGAUCGGGAGGGUUUGUUUGUUUGUUAGUUUGUUAGCAACAUAACUCAAAAACUUAUGGACGUUUUUUUGAGAUUUUCGGACAAUGGCAUAAGGAAGAA